AAAGCUUUUAAAAUAAAAAUAAUAUCGGAACCGUAUAAAAGGACCCCGGGGGAUAUAAAUGUUUUAGCCUUUAAAAAGCCGGUUAUUUGCUUUAAGUACGGGCAGUUAAAUUAUAUUGCUAUAGCAUGCAAAAUACGAACGGACAAUUCGAAAACCUUAUUGGCUUUAGCGACCAUACAAAAAGCGAAGGGGAAAAGGCCCGAAGUACGGUGUUACGGGUAUAAAGAGCUGGGCUAUAUCCGGCCGGCGUGCUUUAAAAAAAGCAAAAUAUCGCUAUCCAAUUCGAUACCGUUGUUUGGCCGUUUAAGCACCGGGGCUUAA